GUGUUACCACUUCCGGUGCACUGAAGGUUUUCCUGCACGUGCGUCCAAUGUUUUUAACGUGAAUACUUGAUUUUUUUUUUACACAAUCUGGGACAGCAUUGUGUUACUUUACUGGGGCAAACAUGGAUCUUGUCUCUAAGGAUUUAUAUAUUCAAAAUCUUGCUAGUAAGGUGUUUUCCCAGCGACCACAACUGGAGCCAAAGAAGAAACGUUUUGGCAAUUUAAAAGGUGCUGCUAAAGAUAAUACCCUCACUAAGAAGAAAAAGAAACUGAGGAAAAAACCUACUCCAAAGCCUCAACAGAACAAAACCACAACCAGUCCUGUAACUCAGAAGAUUGAUAAAACAAGUGGUGAAGUCAAAGCUAAACCCACACAGGGGAAUACAAAUCUGAAGAAAGAUAAUGUGGAGAUUACAUUUUCUGGGGUAGAUCUGCUGCGUAAGAGGCUCCAUGAAAAGAUUGAAGCGGCCAGGGGACAGGGUCCACCAAAGGAUGCUUCAUCACCAGAGGUACAAGCCAAGAGGGCGAAGCGAAAGCUUGAGCGGGAACGCAAAAAAAGGAAGAGAAAAGAGAUUCAAAUGAAGAAAUUGUCUGAAAAAAGUGAGGUAGAAACAAAACCAGAGAUUAAACAGGAGGGUGAAAUUGCAAUACCUGUUAGUAAGAGGAAUGAAACUGCUAUUGUGUUCAACAAAGUGGAAACAGUAGAAGAGGGAUUUGAAGACAAAAUGGUAAAGAAGCAAAAUAAGAAAAAGAGUUUAAAGGGCCAAAUAACGCCACUAACUGGGAAGAACUACAAGCAACUGCUCAGUCGUGUGGAAGCACGUAAAGCUAAACUUGAGGAGCUGAGAGAGAAGGAUGCUGACAAGGCACUUGAGAUGGAGAAUAAGAUAAAGUGGACAAACAUGCUAUACAAAGCAGAGGGUAUUAAAAUUAAAGAUGAUGAAAAGAUGCUGCGUAUCGCUUUAAAAAGAAAGGAAAAAAGGAAAACUCAGAGGAAAAAGAAGUGGGACCAGCGCAGUGAGAAUGUGAUAGAGAAGAUGCAGCAUCGACAAGACAAGAGAAAAAAGAACAUUUUAAAGCGCAAGAAAGCCAAAGUGGAGAAAAAGAAGGACAAAGCACGAAAAAGAGGCAGAGUCCUCCCAGAGGAUUUGAAAAAGGCUGGCAUUUAAAGAACAUUGUUUAUAUUCAU